UCUCUCCCAUAAUCUCUCUCUCUCUCUCUCUCUCUCUCUCCUUUCCGAUCGUUGCAUUGCUAGGGUUUUGAUUUCAUCUAUUGCAAGAGUUUGAUUUCUAAGAAACAGUGAAUCGUUGCUUGAUUUGAUCUCAGAUUUCUAAGAAACAGUGAAUUGUGAAGAUGAAGGAAGAUUAUAGCUGAGAGUUUUCUAUAUAAGUCUUUAAUUUAGAUAUAUAUACUGAAAAUGGCAUCACCUGUUCCGGCGAAGUCUCAGACGUUGCUUAGUUUCUCUUUACCGCAAUGGAAACUCACGAAGAAUCAUACGAACAAUCAUCAUCGUGGUCGGAGGGCAACAGACUCGUCACUUCAGCAAUUACCGCUGUCUGAUUCGGUACAUCGACAAUCGCCUGCGAGGAUUCAAUCUCCGUUGAUUGAUUCCGUCUAUCGUCAAUCUCCGAUUCGAGACUCUGCAUCUGAGACGGAAUCUAGCCUCGCGAAUCAAGAGAAUCGGAAGAAGUCGGUGUCUAAUGGAAGGAAGAAUGGAUCUUUGGAGUCAUCUCCGGAUCACUCGAAAGUAGAUAAACAAUCGUUUGUGUUAGAUGUUGAUAAAACUGUGGCGAAGGAGUCACGAUCGAAGAUCUAUAUACGGGUUCGGUCUAACUCAAACAAUAAACCUGAUGAAGUUAAUGAAGAAGGGAAAACGGUGUUAGAAGAAGGGGAAUUGGAAGAAACAUUGCCGAAAACGUGGAAUUUGAGACCUAGAAAGCCAGUCCGUAAGCAAUCCAAUUCUCCCCGUGCUAAUUCAUCACUUGGAAGAACAUCAUCGCCGGAUAAUCAUAAUAAUAAUAAAUCUCAGUCGCCACAGAUGUCCUCCAAGCGCAGCAAUCAUCAAGAAAUUACAGAGAAGAAGUACAAGAAGCAGAAGUUUUCCAUAUCGCUCUCUCGCGAUGAGAUUGAAGAAGAUAUCUUUGCUAUGAAUGGAUCUAAACCUGUAAGAAGGCCAAAGAAGAGAUCUAAGACUGUUCAGAGACAACUCGAUAGUAUCUUUCCUGGUUUGUGGCUGACUUCAAUAACCCUAGAUUCAUACAAAGUCCCUGAACAUCCAUCAAAGGUCUAGCUUCUGAGUUCUUUCUGCUUAAUUCUAUUAUAGGAAGAAGAUCUUGACAGAAUUUGAGACUGAAAAACAGCUGGAUUGAGAAAUAAUCUCUCUUCUUUUGUUAACUUGCUUAUAUAUAUAAGCUUACAAUCAUCAUCUUAAUGAAUUUUGGUUAGGCUGGAAAAACUUUCUUAUAAUGUUUCUUACCUUAUUGAAGUUGUUGCAGAUGUAAGUAUAUAUGUACUGUUUUAUGGCUUAAUAAAAAUGUCUCCCUUGGAAACAAUCAAAUCAUUUCUUUUG